UUAUCAUCAUCUCACCUUCUUCAAUGGAGGAAAGGAAACUCCCGAUUAAAUGAGAGACUUCCUUUAACUUUCUAUUUAUUUACUAAAAUGCCAUCUCGUCACUCUCCACCGGAUAUUCCGCCGUUACCACCGACUACGAACGCUCAUCACCGUUUCCAGACUCUUCCACUCAUCAUCGCCGGUUCUCUUACCUUAACCGGGCUUUUGCUCAUCCUCUUCACUCUGCUUCUCUACCGGAGACUCUACAAAAACCGUACGGCUCCUUCAGAUCUUCUCUCCAACUCCAAGUCCCCUCAGCACUACCAAUGUCGCCGCUUCUCUUACUCUCAGCUCCGCCGCGCUACCAACUCUUUCUCUCACUCGACUCACCUCGGCCACGGUGGAUUCGGCUCUGUUUACAAAGCUGAUUUCCCUAGUGGCGGCGGCGAUUCCCUCGCCGUCAAAGUCAUGGAUACAUCCGCUGGUUCUUUACAAGGCGAGCGUGAGUUUCACAACGAGCUUUCUCUCUCUUCUCACUUUAUCGGCUCUCCUCAUAUCGUCUCUCUCCUCGGAUUCUCCUCCGAUCGUCGUGGCCGGAGGCUUAUCCUCGUCUACGAGCUCAUGGCUAAUCGUAGUCUACAAGACGCGCUUUUGGAUCGCAAAUGUGAGGAGCUUAUGGAUUGGAACAAAAGGUUCGAGAUUGCGACGGAUAUUGCCAAAGGGAUCGAGUUUCUUCAUCACUCUUGUGAUCCAAUCAUCAUCCAUGGAGAUAUCAAACCUAGUAAUAUCCUUCUCGAUUCUGAUUUCAAAGCCAAGAUUGGAGAUUUCGGUCUUGCGAGACUGAAGUCCGAGGAUUUAGAUACUAGGAUUCUGAUUGAGGAAGAUGAGAAGAGAAAGGAUCUUGUUGAAGAUAAUGGGUCGAUUCGGGAAGAGACUGAAAGCGUGAUUACUGUGUUUGAAGAUGGUAAUAAUGUUCUCAAUCUCUCGCCGGAGAAUUGUGGGAUCAGCGUCUUGACGGAGACGGCGGUGUCUCCAGGGGAGAAGUCCAGACUUUCGCCAGAGAAUUCUGCAGUUAGUGUUUUGACGGUGGAGGUGGGCGCAGCAUCUCCCGGGAUGACAUCGAUACCGUCGCCGGAAACUUGUGCCAUUAGCGUCUUGACGGAUACUGGCGUGUCACCGGGAGCGGCAUCGGGAUUAUCGCCGGGGAGUAGUAAGCUUAAAGUGGGUUCGAAGAGAGAUUGGUGGUGGAAACAGGAAACCAAUGGUGGAAGCAGAGGGACUGAAUCAGGGAGUGUGAAAGAUUACGUGAUGGAAUGGAUUGGGAGUGAGAUUAAGAAAGAGAGACCUAAUAACAAUAAGGAAUGGAUUAACAACGGCGAUGGGUCAUCAUCAGCAGCAGUCUCUAAGAAGAAGAAGAAAGACAAGAAGAGAAAGCCUAGAGAGUGGUGGAAGGAAGAGUUUUGUGAAGAGCUAACUAGAAAGAAGAGGAAGAAGAAGAAGAAGAUGAAAAGAGGGCUAAGCUCAAUCUCAAGCAUUGACUCUUGGUUUCAUAGAGACGACGAUGCUUCCUCUGUUCAUGACCAGAAUCUUAAUCCUACCAAGAAGAAGAAGAGAAAUAGUAUAGAUUGGUGGGUAGAUGGGUUAAGCGGCGAGCUAAAAUCAGUCAAAGGCAGAAAAAACAGUCAAGAUUCUGGUUUGUGGUGUGAUGUGAAUGUUCAGAAGAGCGGUGGAGUCAGUAGCACACCGAGUAUGAGAGGUACGGUGUGUUACAUUGCACCAGAAUGCGGCGGUGGAGGUGUGUUGUCUGAGAAAUGUGAUGUCUAUAGCUUUGGGGUUCUGCUUUUGGUUCUUGUCUCAGGGAGACGUCCAUUGCAAGUGACUGCAUCGCCUAUGUCGGAAUUUGAGAGGGCUAAUUUGAUAUCAUGGGCUAAGCAAUUGGCUUGCAAUGGUAAAAUGUUGGAUUUAGUUGAUAAAUCUAUACAUUCUUUGGAGAAAGAACAAGCGGUUCUAUGUAUAACUAUUGCACUACUGUGUCUGCAAAGAUCUCCGGUUAAGAGGCCAACGAUGAAGGACAUUGUAGAGAUGCUUUCGGGUGCGUCUGAGCCUCCGCAUUUGCCGUUUGAGUUUUCUCCCUCACCGCCUAUGGGUUUCCCGUUUAAGUCAAGGAAGAAAGCACGGUGAAAUUGGGGUUUGGUUUUGAGCUCAGUCAUCAAAGUGUAGAUUUGUCCCGUUCGAAACUCUAAACCAGUUGCGAGUUGUAGGGACUGUUUGAGUCGAUAAGAUUAGUUUUUUUUUUUGCAUAUAUUUAUGAAAUUGCUUAACAUUUUUAGUUUAGACAAUAAAGAAUUCUUAAUUGACAUCAAGAAGUUGAUCAUGAUUAUA